AUGAAGCUAGAAGUGUUUGCUGAUGGCAAUGAAAACUUGAAUUGUUACUUGGCAAAGCCUUUCUCGGAUCGGCAUGGGUUUGCAAAAUCGAGGUCGUGUUGUCAGGGAGUUCUUUAUGAUGAUAAAAUGUAUUUUUAUGGAGGUACCCCUCACCCCAACGGCAAUGACUUUUACUCCGAUAUUGUUCAAUACAUUGAUUUAAAAACGAUCAAUUACGAAUUGGGAGAAAUGGAAAUACAUGAAGUGACCAUCACACAACCAGGAAUUAAACCUGAAGGAAGAAUAUUUCAUUCUUUAAUUUGUGAUGACGAGUCAACCAAUGGGAAACCGGCAUCAAUGAUUGUGUAUGGUGGAUUUACCGAUGGAAGAAGAUUGUUGAAUAAUUGUUUUUCAUUCCAAUUUGAAAACAAAAUUUGGAAGAAAAACUCGAAUGGUCCGUGUUUAGAAGGACAUACAGCAAUUUUUAGAAAGAAAAAUCGAACCAUGAUUGUAUUCGGAGGUCACAUGGGAAGCUAUAAGCAUUUUGAGAACUCUACUUAUGAAUAUGACAUUGUUAAAGAUAUAUGGACAAAGUUAAAUAUUGACAACUCGUCUAUAGUGUCACCUUUAGCUUACCAUAGAGCUGUAUAUGUAGAAGAAUUGGAUUGGAUGGUUGUUCAUGGAGGAAAAACGAAGCCAGGAAGAACUGCAAUUUUGUCCUCUAAUGUUUAUAUUCUGAACUUUGCUACUAUGAGGUGGCAUGUAUUAAAUCAGGAACCAAUGGCAUUUGAUAAUAGUAGCAAUUCCUCUGUAUUACCAAGCUCCAACUUGACUCUACCAAAAAUAAUGGCUCAACAAUCUAUUUGCGUUGAAAGCUCCAUUAUUUUCUUUGGUGGAGAAACAGAAGAUAGCGAUGUUCCCUCUCAACAAUUAUUCGUCAUAAACUUGGAAACAUUAGAAAUUAUUGAAUAUUGCCCAUAUCAACACGAACCUGGCCUAUUACAACGAAAAUAUGUUGAUAAAUCGUAUACAGAACCAGAAGCAACUGUAAUUCCACCCUUGUAUGAUUCUUGCUGUAUUUACGACCACACGAGCUCCAAUAUUUUUGCAUACGGAGGACGACUAUAUUCACUGGAAAUUCCUUUCAUGGUGGCUGUGCAUGUUAGUGAAACAAACUGUACCGAGAAUUCAUUGUUUGACUAUUGGAAAAAUAAUAUCAACUCACAAACACUUACAUCAUAUCUACAAGCAUAUUUUAACGAUUCCCAAGUGUCAGAACAUAGUUUUUAUGAUGAGGUGUCACACACAUCCCAUAACGUACAUCAUUUAGUUCUUGAAAAAUACCCUAACAUCCUAACAUCCAACAUUGAAAAGCGAUUGUUGAAACUUUUGCUAAAGUUUUUACAUGGAUAUAACAUAAUAUUCGAAAUAGAGUCCGGCAAGGAACUUGUUUCUUUAUUAGAAAGCUCAAAAGUAUAG